CUGACCAGACGUAGGACCAGUUCAUAUAUAUGCAGUAGCAGAAAAUCCUUUGGAUUACCUUUUUGGAAGGUCAAACAUGGGGGAGGCAGUCCUGUGUCUGCUAAUUGCUGUGCUGGCACUCUCCAGUUGUGGGGGCCAUAAAGAUGGCGGAAAUGACCAUGGACACGGGCGCAGAGAGGGGCAUGACGAACAUGGGCACGGGCAUGGACAUGGGCAUGGGCAAAGCAACAGUACUAUGGAACUAGCUCGCCCAAACAGCAUGUUUGCCUUCAGUCUGUAUAAGCAGAUUGUGUCUCAGCCUGAGUAUCAGGACAGCAAUGUCUUUUUCUCUCCAGUAAGUUUGUCGGUUGCACUAGCGGCAUUGACCCUUGGGGCCCGAGGCGAGACCUACGACGCACUUUUCAAUGGGCUGGCACUCAACAAUUCUGACAUUACCGAAGAGGGGGUGCAUGAAGGUUUUCGUGAUAUCCUGCAAAACCUCAAUGAGCAAAAGGGAAUUGACUUGAAUGCUGGAAGCGCACUGUUCGUCAGUGACGCCUUCAAGCCAAAAGCCUCAUUUUUGGAAGAUCUGAAGACCUUCUAUCUCUCUGAGGGCUUCACAACAGAUUUCACCAAGAAUACAGAGGCUGCUAAAAUGAUCAAUGACUAUGUAAAGACUAAGACAAAUGGAAAAAUUAGCAACUUGGUGGACCAACUUGACCCAGCAACUGUGAUGUACCUUGUUAGCUAUAUAUAUUUUAAAGGUAAAUGGGAGAUUCCUUUCGAUCCUGAAAAGACCAAAGAUGGAUUAUUUAAGGUGAAUGACACAAAAAGAGUACCAGUGAAGAUGAUGACUAAGAUGGAUCGGUAUGAUCUGUACCGUGACUAUGAGCUAUCCACCACUGUUCUUCGGCUCCCUUACACCAAAUCAGUUUCUAUGAUGCUUCUGCUUCCUGACAAAGGUCUGACUGGUCUAGAGGAUGUUGUAUGCCCAGAUCAUGUGGCCAAAUGGCAUAGAUGGAUGAAGGAAAGGUACGUCGUGGUGUCUAUCCCAAAGUUGUCCAUUGAAACAUCAUAUUCCCUCAGAAACCUCCUGAGUGGAAUGGGCAUGGCAGACAUUUUCAGCUAUAGUGCCAACUUUAGUGGCAUUGCUGAUGACCCUGUUCUUGUGUCUGAGGUCAUACAGAAAGCCACUCUUGAUGUAGAUGAGACUGGGUCUACAGCAACAGCAGCUACAGGAGUGGGUUUUAUGCCUAUGUCUGCAACUUAUAAAAUCACAUUUGAUCGUCCAUUUAUGGUUUUGAUCUCAAACCGUGACACAAGAAGCAUCUUGUUUUUGGGAAAAGUAGUUAACCCAGCAAAAAAAUAAGAUUGUAAAUGUGUACAAAAUUACACCAUUUUUUGCAUGUUAAGAAAUACAUCAGUGUUUCAGACAUUAUAGAAUAAACAGGACUACUCUAGCGCAGGGUAGGUGAGUAAAUUGGCUGCAGUGGCUAAUCUAUGGAUCAUAUGCAGGGAGAGCCUAUCUUGAGAAUGGUCAGGUGAACUUUAAAUGUUGUUGAAGCAUUUUGUUUCUGAAUCUGCAACGAAUUGUGUCAUUUUUGAAGAUCCUUUGCACUCUCAUUUUGAAUGUAAGACUCCUGUGGCUUCUGACCAAUGUAAUGCUUUUCUUGCACUACAUGUGUGUCUAUGUUAUUCCUAAUUCUUUGGACCCCCAAAGAACAGGGUCCAAAGCAUAUUUGUGAUUUAACCAGAAAUCCUCAUGCAAUACAUCAUGUCCUCUUUUGUGAAAACACUAUAAUCUGAAUAAAGGAUUGUAAUGAA